AUGAGCGACAAGUAUGCACAGACGAUGAUCGAGACCUUGACGCAUCUCUUCGGAUGUCUACUGCAGAACCCUCACGCCAAACCGAGCAGCUGUCAACAGCAACCCGACGCAGAGGCCCUAUGUGCGUGGGAUGGCUCGGUUUCCUACGCCGAGCUCAACCGCCUAUCCGACGUUUUGGCUGACCGACUUGUCUCGCUAGGCGUGCGAUUGGAGAGUAUCGUGCCUGUCCUUUUCGAGAAGUCAAUGUGGACCGUCGUGGCCAUCCUAGGCAUUCUGAGGGCUGGAGGGGCAUUCGUUCUUCUGGAUCCCUCUCAGCCCCAUGCCCGCCUGGUCGAGAUCUGCGCCACCUGCCAGGCGAAGGUGGUGCUGGCAUCACGAACACUCAACCAGACAGCGAGGAAACUGUGCGAGAUGGUGGUCUGUCUCCCGCUGGACCUGCACACUGAGGGGCAUUUUCCACCGCUGAAUCGACCCCCAACGCCGCCGGAGAAUGCGGCAGACGCAGCAGCAUAUAUCGCCUUCACCUCCGGAUCCACGGGAAAGCCCAAAGCCAUCGUCAUCGAGCACCAGUCAUUCUGCGCCAAUGCUCUAGCGCAGAACGAAGUCCAGAACCUCACCCGCCACUCGCGUGCCUUUCAAUUCGCUUCCUAUGGAUUUGACAGCAGUAUUCUGGAGAUGCUAAUGACGCUGAUCGCUGGCGGAUGCGUCUGUAUCCCAUCGGAUGCCCAGCGUAUCAACGAACUCGCUUCUGCCAUCAAUCAGCUGCGCGCCAACUGGGUGGAGCUCACGCCCUCGGUGGCCAGGAUGCUGACGCCCGAGGCGGUGCCGCACAUUCGGUCACUGCUUCUGGUUGGCGAGCCGCUAUCGCAGGAAAACAUCGCCACGUGGUCUGGAAAGGUGCAGCUCAUCAAUGCCUACGGGCCGGCCGAGUGCAGCGUCGUCACCACGAUCCAGCCCUACGUGAAGGCGUCCGACCCGUCGAAUAUCGGCCGGUCACGGUCGGGCCAUUGCUGGGUCGUGGAUCCCCGUGAUAUCUCCACGCUUCAGCCGCUUGGCGCGGCGGGCGAGCUCCUCAUCAGUGGACCCCUCGUCGGACGAGGAUACCUGAACCCCCCAGACCAGCAGGCAUACGUGCCCGCCCCGUCCUGGGCGGCAGACUUCGGGCUACCGGUCGGGGAACGCUUCUAUCGCACCGGUGAUAUGGCGUAUUACAAUAUCGAUGACGGGACGUUGCGGUAUCUGGGCCGCAAAGACCGACAGGUCAAGCUUCACGGCCAGCGCAUCGAACUGCCGGAGAUCGAGCACCACGCGCAGCUGUACCAAAAGGGGCUCAUGGCCGCUGCGGAUGUUGUCAGCCCGCCUGGCCAGGUCUCCGACGCGAUACUGACUUUGUUUGUGGUACAGGGAGCUGGGGCGGUCUUUCCAAGCCAGGACGGGGCAGCAGAUCUACUCGCCCCGGUUGACGAGCGCAGUCGAGCAUUCUGGAAAGAAAUGCGACGUUGGCUUCUCGAGCGGUUGCCUUCGUACAUGGUUCCGACCAAGUUCGUGCCGAUGCAUCGCUUCCCCUUGACAGCGACUGGGAAACUCGACCGGAGAGCUUUGGUCGCUCUUGCUUCCAAGGCUCUGGUCUCAAACGAGCUUCAGGGCCUCCCAGCACCGCCGACUGAACCACCUGCAGUGACAUGUGCCGUAGAGAGUACCCUGCGCUCGCUCUUUUCGAGUGUUUUGGGAGUCCCAGAAAACCAAAUCGCUGCCGAUGACGAAUUCUUCGCCCUUGGAGGGACAUCGUUGAGAGCGAUUGAGCUGGUGGCUGCUGCACGCUCCAAGGAUAUCAAUAUCACUGCUACGGAGGUGAUCACUAUGCAGACUCCAGCAGCCCUCCUCCAGGCUGCUUCUCGGUCUUCUCAGAGCCACGACCUCCCCACCAUCCCCCCUUUUAGUCUCAUCAGUGAGGCCAGCCGUCUCUCUACCGCCAGGAUAGCUUCUCAGUUGUCCCAAGAGGACAGCAUAGAAGAUGUCUAUCCGUGCACCCCUCUGCAGGCCGGGAUGAUGGCCUUGUCGGUCAAGAUCCCGGAUGCCUUGGUGGGCACUUUUGCAUUCACUCUGCCACCGCAAACAGACAUUGCGAGACUCAAGCUCGCCUGGGAACAGGUCAUUGCAGCCAACCCCAUCCUACGUACCCAGAUUGUGAAAUGCGAGAGUGAACUGCUGCAAGUCGUCGUUGCUGCAAACACAGUACCCUGGGCCAGCUCCUACCCCUCAACUGACACAAACGACAGUUGGUCAAUGGGCCUAGGAGCCCCUCUCCUGCGCGUGGCCAUGAUUGAUCGAGCGCAUAGGGACGAGGAACCCUUAUUUGUGGUGAGAAUGCACCAUGCCAUUUUCGAUGCGUGGUCCUACGCUCAGAUCCUGGAGGAUGUCGAGCAAGUAUAUCAGGGCGGUGCAUUGCCCAAGCGGCAACCUUUCAAUCACCUCGUCGAGUACAUAUCUAACCUCGACUCGAAGACGGCCCAAGAGUUCUGGAAGACCGAAUUUGCUGGAUACAAAGCGGCCUCCUCCUUCCCAUCCCAGCUGGCAAGCGGAACGCCGGUGUUGCGCUCUCCUCAGUCUCGAAGCCUUCAUGUGCAUUCCACGACCAUCGAUCAAGACUGGGCACUGGCAAGCAAAGUGCAGCUGGCCUGGGCUAUGGUUAUAUCGUCGCAUACGGGCACGAACGACGUUGUUUUUGGCUUGACUGUCUCGGGAAGGACAGCCCCCGUGCUGGAUAUUGACCGUAUUAUGGGACCGGCCAUUGCGACCGUCCCCUUCCGAGUCCAACUCCAGCCCGACCAAGCCCUCCAAGACGCAGUGACGGAAAUCCAUAACCAUGCCGUCUCCCUCGUGCCCUUCGAGCACACCGGGCUAUUAUCGAUCUGCGACUCCAGCCCCGAGGCUGCGGCCGCCUGCGCCUUUCAAAAUCUCCUGACCGUUCGACUGCGCCCAGCCGAGCGAUCGCAAUCGAUCAUGACCGAUGCGCCGGAGAACGAGGAGGAGGAUCGGAAUUUCAACACGUACCCUCUCACAAUGAUCGUUCAGGCGCGGAAGGACUCCCUGCAGCUCAAGGCGCUGUUCGACGGCUCCAUGGUGCAUGACGCCCAGGUGCAGAUCACCCUGGAGCGGUUUGCAUCGGUUCUGGAACGGAUCUUACACCAGCCUCAAUCACACAUCCGUGACUUGUGGUUGCCGUGUCCCUCUGAUCAGAGCCGGUUGACCGCGUGGAAUCAGAGGGAGCUCGGAGAACGGCCAGGCUUCCUGCACCAGCUGGUAGAGGGCUAUGGUACUACACAGCCCCAGUCGGAGGCUGUCUGUGCGUGGGACGGCUCCUUGACGUACGCCGAGCUAAAUAGGGCAGCGCGCUCUCUAGCUGCGCACCUCCAGUCGCAGGGAGCCGCGCCGGAGACUGUGGUGGGCAUCUGUACCGAGCGCUCGAAAUGGCUCCCUGUUGCCAUGCUGGGGGUCCUCAUGUCCGGCGCAGCUCUGGUCUGCUUGGAGCCCAGCUUCCCCGUCUCGCGCCUGCAAAGUAUCUGCCGAGACGUGGAGACGCAAUUGGUGAUCUCCACUGCCAUGCUUCGUGACAAGUGCAGCCAACUCGCCAAGACCGUGGUCGUCCUGUCGGACGAUGGGGUUGCCAGAUUUGAUGCCAAUGCGUACCGUCCCCCUCCCCUGAGCCCCCAGAAUGCAGCGUAUGUUGCGUUCACAUCCGGCUCCACCGGCGCGCCCAAGGGAGUCACCAUGGAGCAUGAGAUGCUUUCUCUGACGGUGCGGGGCCACGCCGAGCUCUGUGGCUUGUCGCGCGGAUCACGAGGUCUCUCGUUCUCGUCGCUGGCUUUCGAUAUGUCCAUCCUCGAAGUCACCUUCGUCCUCGGCGCAGGGGGCUGUAUCUGUAUACCAUCCGAGGCCCAGCGGACGGACAAUCUCGCCGGGACGAUGGAGAAGAUGCGAGUUGGAUGGACCAUGCUCACGCCAGCAGUCGCGCGCACCCUCACCCCAUCAGCGGUGCCCUCGUUGAAAACAAUCAUCCUGGGUGGCGAGCCGCUGUCGGAAUCCGACAUCGCCACCUGGAGUCCCCACGUCGACUUCCAUGAGGCCUAUGGUCCCGCCGAGUGCGCCAUGCUCACGACCACCGCGGUCCAUCUCAAGCCGGGGUAUCAACCCUCCAACGUGGGGCACCCACCCAACGCCUCCUGUUGGAUCGUUGACCCCGACAAUCACCACCGCUUGCAGCCUGUCGGGUGCGUGGGGGAGUUGGUCAUCGGGGGCCCGAUUGUGGGACGAGGAUACAUCAACCGCCCGGCCGAGACCGAGGCGGCCUUCUUUCACGGUCCGGCGUGGGGAAGCGAUUUCCCCUUCGUGGCGAGCGAUCGGUUUUACAAGACCGGGGACCUUGCCUACCACAACCCCGACGGCAGUAUCUCCAUCAUGGGCCGCAAGGACUCUCAAGUGAAGCUGAACGGUCAGCGCAUCGAGCUCCACGAGAUCGAGCACCAUGCCGAAGCGUAUCAGAGCGGAGCGGCCUAUAUCGCACUGCUGGUCCACCUGGAGCAUCUCCAUGGUCCUCGGCUUGUUCUCUUCACCUGUGCAGCGCGGGACGUGGGCUUCGAUGGACGCGUGGACGCCGCACAUACAACUGACCCUUCGACCACCUCUCUAUUCGUCCCGGACCUGGACCGUUACCUCGGACCCAUCCAGCGACUGAAAGAACAUCUCACGCAGACGCUCCCGCCCUUCAUGGUGCCCUCCAUCGUCAUCCCACUGCGAUAUCUGCCCCUGAGUCCCAGCGGCAAGGCCAAUCGGAAGGAACUGCGGGCGUUGGUGGAGGCCAUGCCACGCGCUCAACUAGCCCAGUAUCUGGGCAGCAGCAGCGAGGCGACGCAGAAGAAACGGCCGCCCGCGUCCAGCCAGGAGGAAUUCGUCCAUCGGGCGUUUGCAACCGUGCUCGCGCUGGCCGGGGAUGCAAUCGGGGUCGACGAUAGCUUUUUCGCCCUGGGGGGAGACUCCAUCACCGCCAUGCGGCUGCUGGGCCUGUGUCGGAAGGGGGGGAUGCGCAUGACGAUGUACGAGUUUCUGACGAAUAACACCGUCGCUCUUUUCUGCGAGAAAGCCCGCAUGGUCACCACUCCAGCGACAAAUGGAACCCCAGUCGUCCCCGUCGCAGUGCCCAAUGGAAAGAUCGCCACUCAUGAAGCCCCAGAGGAUUCAACCCUCCUGCGACUCAGCCAUUCUGAGUGGGGAGGUGUAUAUGAUCUGGCCGGGCAGGAGUCCGUCGGGUCCAUCCAGGAUGUCUACCCCUGUUCUGACGCCCAUUCCGGCAUGCUGGAGGUCUAUACUUCGGAGUAUCGGGGCAACCUGAUUUUUGCCCUCGAAUGCACCGAUGACGCCAUCAUUGGUCCAGAACAGGUCGUGUCCGCCUGGAGGGACGUGGUUCAGCGGCAUACCGCGCUGCGCACGCUGAUUAUACCCCGUCCCGGAAGCAAGAAGCAAUACCUCCAUGUCCUGCUCAAGAACGCGGCGCCGACGGUCGUGGUCCUGCCCCCUGGCGAAGAUGCUCAUGUAGUCCUCAAGACGCUGCCAACGACCUCGUGGGAGAAAGGUUCGCCACCGCACCGGCUAAUUGUCGGUCAAGACCGGGAUGGACAGGUCCUCUUCCGGCUGGAGACUGGCAGCGCGCUCAUCGACGCCAUGUCGGUGCCCAUCCUCCUGAACGACCUCGCCCUAGCCCUGCGCGGCCAGCUCCCGCCGCACGCCGCCACCCCGUACAGCGAGUACCUGGUGUACCUGCAGACGCGGUCCAAGGAGGAGACGCUUGAGUACUGGAAGGGCGCCCUGGCCGGGGCUCACCCAUGCAGGCUGCCCCGACGACCCAGUGCUGAGGAGGCGGGCUCAUACUUCACUCCCGAGCAUCGCUCACUCCCCAAGCUUAUGAAUCCGCAGGACCUCGAUCGUCUCGACGCGUUCUGGCGCGCGAACAGCCUGACAGUCGCCAACAUCUUCCAGCUGGCGUGGGCGCUGGUCCUGCAGCAUUACUCCCAGUCCGCGGACGUCUGCUUCGGCAGCAUUGUCUCGGGCCGCGACAUCCCCCUGCCGCACAUCUGGCAGAUGGUCGGGCCAUUUUUCAAUAUCCUUCCGUGCCGGAUGGUGCUAAAUGGCGACGUCAACGACGGCGCACCACGCACCGUGCUGGACGUGCUGCGCGCAAACCAGAUGGGCAUCCAACGGCGCAACGACCACCACCACUGUUCGGUCCCCGGGGUUGUUCGCCAAGCGGGGCUCGAGAUCCACGGGGACCAGCAGCUCUUUAACACCGUUCUGACCGUGCAGCCGCAGUUCGAAUCCUCCACGGCCGCCACAGGGAUUGGCUUCAGUUUGCUGGAGAUUGAUGAUGCUACCGAGUACGAUAUGUGCCUGGCCGCGGUCCUGUCACCGGGCCGCAUCGAGCUGGAACUGCGAUACUGGUCCUCUACCUGCUCGGACACGUACGCCUCGGAGAUUCUGGAUCGCUUUUGCGGGGCCGUCGGGUGGGUUGUGGACCAUCCGGGGGAUGCCAUUACUGCCGUGGCGGUUUAAGGAGGGACACAGCAUGC